AUGGUGUCGAUGAAGCACUGCGCGGAGUGGGACACCUUCGCCGCGUCCCUUGGCAAGACCCCAAGAUACGACAAGCAGGGCCAAGUCAUUCCGAUCGGCAAAACGGAGGAGAAUAGACCGCGCUACUACGUCGUGUGGCAUGGCCGCGCCAUAGGUAUAUUUUGCAACUGGGGCCUGACGCACAGCAUGGUUACCGGGUUCAGCGGAGCCUGUCACAAGAAAUUUAUUACUCUAGAAGAUGCUCGCAACGGCUGGCUCGAGGGACCUAUCAGCCGCGUUAUGGGCGACUGGAGGCCUCCCCAUCCCCGUGAUGCUCUGCCCACCCCGCCACGCCCUGCCCCUCGCGCGCAGAACUCGAACCAUACCCAUCCCGACGAGCAGAACCCUCUCCACGAGCAGCACCCACCCGACGAGGAUGACGACAAUUCCGCCGCCGCCGCAUUUGAAGUCGACACCACUCCGAACAUUGUGGAGCUCCGUCUGUCCGCUGCAGACACUGCAGGCCCCCCGAGCGACGACGACUCGGGGAGCGACGAGUACUUCGAUGUCGACCAUGUUGAGAAGGACGACCACCCUCCUCCCUCGCCUUCGCCUUCAUCGGUGUCAACGCCGCCGCUCCCACUCUCCCCACACUAUCUCGGAGCCUUUCCGGGGCGCGUUGCUGAACCACGCAACCCGCCACCCAUCGAACGCGCUACCACCACGGUCCCCCAACCUGUUCGCCCCAUUGCCCAGUCAGUUCAGACGACGGUGAGCUCUCGUGAGCCCCGCGCGACCUCGUCCGAGUUCCGGCCUCCGGUGGACACGGUGCUGGUCGAUGCUAAGCGCAAGGACGUCUACGUUGUCGUCCAUGGGGAAUACCCCGGGGUUUAUUUUGACUGGAACACUGCCAUAAUGAUGCUCGGCACGAACCCCGGCAUGAAGCUGGUGCGAUUCCAUUCCUUGAAGAAGGUGUCGUGGUAUUUUGUCCAGGAGUACAUGGCGAGGAACGUCAGGGUCCCUCUCGUGAUUAUCAACAAUGAGGACAAGGACGAUGACUAA